UGACGUAAUUGGUUUUAAACCUCAGCGAACGCGCGCAGCGCUAAUGAAUUAGCUAUACAUUUUAAGCUUUGGUGGCAUCUAACCAACUUAAGACUAAGAUUUUAGAUUUUUUUUAUUGCUAUCAUUCCAGGUUUGCAAUUUUAUCGAAAAGAUGGACAUCCAGAAAAUCAUUCACGAUGCACUACACGAGUUCAUUCAGUCCUAUAUACCUCAAGCAGACCUCAGUACUCUUGAUGAUGUGCUUUUGUCAUACAUCACCGGGGUGCUGGAAGAUUUGGGAUCCCAAGAAAGUGUGGAGGAAAACUUCGAUGUAGAGGUGUUUGUUGAAAUGCUGGAAGCCUACAUCCCUGGUUUUUCUGAUAUUGACAGUGUCAAAGUUUGUGAGAUGAUGUUUAGUCUGGCAUCAAAGUUGGCUUCAGCACGGGACACAGAUACUGGAGAGAUGAAAACCGAAGAGAUUAAAUUUCACUUAUCAGAAAGCUCGGCCAUCACCAACAAACACUCAGGAGCAAAGCCUCACAGUGUCACAUCACAAGCAGAGGGAGCCACAGCUGAGGUGACUGAAUCUGUGUGGGAUAACCAGGAGCAGCAUCUUCUUGAGAUGUUUCCUAAGUGCAGUGUGACUGAGGCCAGAAGUGCAUUGUCGAUUGCAAAAGGAGAUAUGGAGGAGGCUGUUCGUCUUAUUAUUGAAGGAGAUGUUCAGCUGAUGUGUCCACCUUCACUCAAUGUAAACGAAGGGAAGACUGUAUCUGCUGAAGUUGAUCAGAAACUUAAAGCAAGUAUUUUAGAAAAGUACAUGCAUGUUGAUAGUGAAGAAGAUAAAAAAGUACACAGGCCAGUUACUCCAAAAGAUGCCCCUAAAAAAUUAGUGCGCUACCAUGGAAGUCAAGUGGUCACCACAAAAGGAGAACGCUACCAUCUAGUCAAGAAAGAAGAAGGUGAAGAUAUGAAGAAGACCUACGUUAGUCUCAAACCAGCACGCAAAUAUCGUUUUCAUUGAUGACAAUCAUCUUGUUCAUGGACCAUUCUGAUUAUCUUUUGUUUUUGAUAUUUGUGUCCCGUCGAAUGAUCUAUGACUGGAAACAAAUAGUUUGGUUUUUAUUUAAGUGUACCUUGGUCAAAAUGGGUGUCCAUUGGAUUUGUUGUGGUGCUCAAGUUUUUGUUUCCUUAAUAUUUGAAGGAGUUGGAUUGGUUUUGCCUUGUUUUCAGUGAAACUCACAGCAGUUUCUUUUCAAACCCUUAUGAGUUAAUGUAUUUAUUUUUUUAAUCUUUACUAAACAUAAAGCUAUAUUGAAGAACAUUGGGGUGUUUACACCUCAUUUGGCUGUUGGCCUCCGUAAAGUCAAACCUUGUUUGAAACAUCAUAAUGUGUCAUUGAAACAUGCAGUGAAGUGGUUGUUUUGUUUUAAAAUCAACCAAUUUAUCAUGCUGUUUUUAUUUUCAUAUGCAGAAAUAUAAAAUAUAUGUUCAUACAAAUAUUAAGGAAUUGAUGGGUCUGUGACAGUGGAUUCGUGUUGCAGUUCACAAACAAGGUGUGUUAAUUCAGGACUCAUCUGAUGGCAAAUAUACACUGGAUAACUUUGGAUAGAUUAACCUUUGAGUGAAUAUUUCAUUAAGUUUCACUGUAUUGUGUAUUUAGCUGGCUAUACAUAGUUUUAGAAAUGAAUGCUUGUGUUCACGAUUAACAGUUAUAUUCAUAUUACACUAGUAUUUGAAGAUUGUUGCCAUUUGAUGUACUGUUUACCCGGUUGUGUUUUGUGUAGCGUGAGCUGUCAACAUCACCAGAUGUUUCCAAAACCACCGCAGCCCUAAAACUAAAGUGAAGUGAUUGGAUUCAAAUAUAUUAACAUUGUUUCUCAAAGUAACUAGUAAAAAUUGGAUGUUUUACAAAUACAGUCUUUUCUCAGUUCUGUGUAUUUUGACACGAAUAGUUUUAUAAUAAGAUUGUGUUAGGAUAAUUAACUAUACAUAUCUGAAGACACAAAGUCAUGAACAUGAAGGCCUUUUGUUUUUUAAUUUAAGGAG